CCUCCUGGGUUGCUCCUCGGCGGCUCCCAUGGCGGCCCCGGGUAAUAUCGUGUCCGUUAUGGCGAGUAAGACCAAGACCAAGAAGAAACACUUCGUGGCCCAGAAAGUCAAGCUCUUCCGGGCCAGCGAUCCGCUGCUCAGCGUCCUCAUGUGGGGAGUGAACCAUUCGAUCAAUGAACUGAGCCAUGUUCAAAUCCCUGUUAUGCUAAUGCCAGAUGACUUCAAAGCAUAUUCAAAGAUAAAAGUGGACAACCAUCUUUUUAAUAAAGAAAAUAUGCCAAGCCAUUUCAAAUUCAAAGAAUAUUGUCCAGUGGUUUUUCGUAAUUUGCGAGAGAGGUUUGGAAUUGAUGAUCAGGACUUUCAGAAUUCUCUGACAAGAAGUUGUCCACUUGCUAAUGAUUCUCCAGCUCGGAGUGGUGCCCGAUUCCACAGCUCCUACGACAAAAGAUAUGUCAUCAAAACUAUAACAAGUGAAGAUGUAGCAGAAAUGCACAAUAUCCUGAAGAAAUACCACCAGUUUAUAGUGGAAUGCCAUGGCAACACACUACUUCCACAAUUUUUGGGCAUGUACCGGCUUACUGUUGAUGGAAUUGAAGUGUACAUGAUUGUUACAAGAAAUGUAUUCAGCCAUCGUUUAUCCGUUUAUAGAAAAUAUGAUUUAAAGGGCUCAACAGUAGCAAGAGAAGCUAGUGACAAAGAAAAGGCCAAAGAACUGCCAACAUUUAAAGACAAUGACUUCAUUAAUGAUGGUCAAAAAAUUUACAUUAAUGAAGCCAACAAAAAGAUGUUCCUUGAAAAGCUUAAAAAGGAUGUUGAGUUCCUUGCUCAAUUAAAACUCAUGGAUUACAGCUUGCUGGUUGGAAUUCAUGAUGUUGAACGAGCUGAGCAAGAGGAAAUAGAAUGUGAAGAGAAUGAUGACGAGGAAGGAGAAAGUGAUGGGACUCAUCCAGUUGGAACACCUCCAGAUAGCCCAGGAAAUACACUGAACAGUUUGCAGCCUUUAGCCCCAGGAGAAUUUGAUCCAACCAUUGAUGUUUAUGGUAUAAAAUGCCAUGAAAAUGCAGCUAGAAAAGAGGUAUACUUCAUGGCUAUUAUUGACAUUCUUACUCAUUAUGACGCCAAAAAGAAAGCUGCCCAUGCUGCAAAAACUGUGAAACACGGGGCUGGUGCAGAGAUUUCAACAGUUAACCCUGAACAGUAUUCAAAACGAUUCUUGGACUUUAUUGCCAACAUCUUAACGUAACCUAAAUGCUCUUUUGGACAGUGUGAGGUCUGAAGAAACAGCAAAUUGCUACAAGUGUGUAUGGGUCUUUAAGAAAGC